GGAAUAGACUUUGUAUUUAAAAAAUAGUAAAGUGUAAUGAGAUACUAUUUCUCAAUAAAGAUAAAUGAAUAUUCAUUUUUAACAAUUGUUAUUUCUGCAGCCGGAAAAUUACCAAAGAACAACGGAAUUUCAUGGAGAGGGGACUCAGGGCUGUCGGACGGCAUCAACGACACCAACUUCUUCAAGGCGGGACUGGUUCAAAUCUAAAAGAAGUUCAUUUUAUUCUUAAGCACAAGACAUCUAGAUUGAACAAAUAAGAAUACUCAUUCUAAAUCACCUAUAUGGACAAUGCAACAAAGGGAAUCUCAUUGAUUACAUCCGUCGGAUUAGAGGUAACAAUCAAACAAAACAGUUAACUCCUUAUUCUUGCAAUUAUCUUAUUUUUAAUUUACGAAUCCUAGGUUAUAAAAGGAGAGAGAACCAUCACUUAUCCCUCAACACACCCUACACUUUCACUGAGAAGAGAUUAAAUUACUUCUAAAUUACUUAGGUCAUUAGCUUAUUUUUGCAAUUGUUAGGGCCUUUGAUUGUUUAAGUAUUUGGAUUGAAUUAAGACCCAAGGCCUAAAUUGAUUAAAAUUUAAGUUUAAAGGUUCGGUGGGCCAAGAAUGAUAUCGGGAAGAUCCUUACAGGGGUGUUGCAAUUAGGUAUUUCUUAACAAUUUAGGUUGUUCAUUUUUAAGUCAGGUAAAGAUUAGCAUCUCUUUCCUUGAUUCAAUCCCAGAACCAAAGGAGAAACAUGAUAUGGCCAUUCAUGUUUUUAAGGCAAGCUUCAAUUGUAGAGAGACUCAGAGAAGGCAGCAACUCGUCUUUGAUUCAGUAAACAUCUAAAAUUAGCCAACCGUCAAGUUACUUGACUUGGAUCCUCAGCAAGCCUGUCAUAAGGUUAGAGCUGGCAAAAUUGGACCCAGAUUCAACCCUCCACCCACCAUGAUCGAAUCAUAAGUCUAAGGUAUUGACCUAAAAUUUGAUAUUAUCCAAAUCCAGCUGGAUUGGGUCAGGAUCUAAUUGGACAAACCCAAACUCACUCGAGUAAAAUUAAUUAAUUUUU